AUGAUCACACCAAUGCUAGUCCAGUUUGUUGUUAUGAAUUCAGAGGGAUUAAAAAACGAUAUUUUUUAUUACAAAAAGAAGCAACUGGAAAAAUGUGUAACUCAGGAAUCAUCGGUGGAAGAUGUGUAUGAGUCUCUUUGGGUACCUCUAUUUGACCACUGCUGUACAGUUGCAGAUGAAUUGAAAGAAGAAACCAUUACAUUGAGUAGCCUUAGUUUGCUUUUUGGAAGCACCGAGUCUGCCGAUUCUGAAAAAACUAUAGAAAGACUUCUAUCUGCUGUUGAGAAGUGUCAUGCACAGUGUACUAAAGAUAUUGGUUUAUUAGCUGAUCUUUCUAUUGAAAAUGAUAUACAUAAGCUAGCAACACUUAUAGAGUCUGAACCUUUAAACAUGCAGUGGGUAAAAAAACUUGGAAAGAAAAUAACUGACUGGAGCAAUGUUCAAGCACUUUCUGCCGAUGCUGAUUACUUAAUGGAAAUCAUAGAAGUUUAUGAUUUAAAUCAAUCACCAAUUUAUCGCUUUUCAAAACAAGGUAUUCAUGAACUUCUUCAACAGAUGCUUAAAUCUGUCACUGAUGAUGAUAAUAAAGUUUUAUUAUUUUUAAAGAAGAGCAGACUUGUUGAUGCUGAAAUAAAGGA